AUGCCUGUCGCCUCAGCGUAUCCUUCAAUGGACAUUCCAAAUGUCGACCUUUGGACGUUUCUUUUUGAGCGCAAGGACAGGGCUUUUCCAGAUGAUAAGGUCAUCUACAGAGACGCUGAGACCAAGCGAUUCUAUACAUUCCAAGAUGUAAAGGAAACAGCUCUCGCUUUCGGCAGAGGUCUGAAAGCCGUGCUGGAUUGGAAGAAGGGAGACGUGCUUGCCUUGUUCACCCCAAAUUGCAUCGAUACUCCAGCGGUGACAUGGGGAACGCACUGGGCUGGGGGCGUCGUGUCCCCCGCGAACCCAGCAUACACGGUGGCAGAGCUAGCUUUCCAGCUGAAGAACGCGGGGGCCAAGGCGCUCAUCACGCAGAUGGCUCUGCUACCCGCUGCCACAGCCGCUGCUAAGGAGGCGGGGAUCUCAGAAGAUCGUAUCAUCCUCAUCGGUGAUGAGCGUGACCCGCAGGCCAAGUUCAAGCAUUUCUCUUCAAUCAGAAACAUUUCCGGGGCGGCCAGGUACCGGAAGGCCAAGAUUAACCCGGCGACGGACCUGUCAUUCCUCGUUUACUCGUCGGGGACGACCGGAGUGCCCAAGGGAGUCAUGCUGAGUCAUAGAAACAUUGUCGCCAACUCGCUCCAGCUCGCUGCGGGAGAGAACAAUAAUUUGACCUGGAAUGGCGGUACUGACGGGAAGGGAGACCGGAUCCUGGCGUUUCUGCCAUUCUACCAUAUCUACGGUUUGACCUGUUUGGUCCACCAGACCAUCUACCAAGGGUACGAGUUGAUUGUCAUGCCCAAAUUCGACAUCGAGAAAUGGUGCUCGCAUGUGCAGAACUACCGCAUCACCUUCAGCUACGUCGUGCCUCCCGUCGUCCUGCUGCUGGGCAAGCACCCCAUUGUCGAUAACUAUGAUCUCUCGAGUCUUCGGAUGAUGAACUCGGGUGCUGCACCGCUUACGCAGGAGCUUGUGGAGGCGGUACACAACCGGAUCAAGACUCGGAUCAAGCAGGGGUAUGGGCUCAGCGAAACCAGUCCCACUACACACACCCAGCUGUGGGAGGAAUGGCACACCAGCAUUGGCUCCGUAGGCAAGAUGCUGCCCAACAUGGAAGCCAAGUACAUGACUAUGCCGGAAGAUGGCUCUGAACCCCGCGAAGUGCCCGUCGGUGAGGUGGGUGAGCUGUACCUGCGGGGACCCAACAUUUUCCUGGGCUAUCACAACAACCCAGAGGCAACGGCCAACUGCCUUUCCGAGGACGGUUGGUUCCAGACAGGAGACGUGGGCUACCAGGACAAGAACAACAACUUCUACAUCACGGAUCGGGUUAAGGAGCUCAUCAAGUACAAGGGUUUCCAGGUGGCUCCGGCAGAGCUGGAAGGAAUUCUGGUAGAUCAUGAAUCGGUUGAUGACGUCGCGGUUCUUGGUGUGGAAAGCGAGGCCCACGGAACCGAGGUACCGCUUGCGUAUAUUGUGCGAAACGUGAAGAGCAAGAACUCCAACCUCACGGCGGAACAGGCGGCCACCAACAUCGUCCAGUGGCUGGACGCCAAGGUUGCAUACCAUAAGAGGCUGCGCGGGGGCGUGAGAUUUGUGGACGAGAUCCCCAAGAGUCCCAGUGGAAAGAUUCUGCGUCGGGUGCUCAAGAAGCAGGCCAAGGAGGAUGCUAGCAAGGCCUUUGGGGCAGCUGCUCCCAAAGCCAAGCUGUGA